GCCUCUUCUGCACGACGUUACUAUUUCUUUGUUUCCCUCGGCCUCUAUUGAUUCGAAUCAGCAAAUUCAAUCACCCAUCGCAUCUUCACAAUGCGUCGCCUCUUUUUCGGAAGCUUCGUUCUGUCGGCCGCACUUGGAGCCAAUGCGGCUCCAGUCACUGGCACUGACUCCAGUUGUCUACCUGUUGUAGACUUGGGAUAUGAACUGCAUCAAGCCCUCUCCUACAAUACCACGACGCAAGCCUACACAUUCCAGAACAUUAGAUACGCCCAGCCUCCCGUUGGUGACCUUAGAUUCCGAGCCCCAGCUCACCCGAAAACGAACCGAACGUCUGUCCAAACCGGCUCCGAGUUGCGAUUCUGCCCUCAAGGCGUCCCAGUUUGGCAGGGUGACGCAUAUACCCCCAUCGGCAAAUACUCAAGCCCAGCCAACGCGUUUACACUUCAGGCUUGGGAGGAGAGCAUCAAGGACGGUAAGCCGUUGUCAGUUGACUGGAAUGCGGGCGCUCAAGAAGACUGCCUCUUCCUUGAUGUCCACGUAACCAAAAAGGCCUUUGAACAGGCGAAGUCGAAGUCAACAUCGUGUGGAGGUGGCGGAGCCCCUGUACUUGUCUGGAUUCAUGGUGGUGGCUUCGCUCUCGGCUCCAAGACUGGAACACCAACUCCUGGUUACGAUCCCGUUGGUCUUUUUGAACAUGCUGCUGCAAAUUCUGAUCAAGGUCUCGUCUUUGUUGCACUCAAUUAUCGUCUUGGGGCCCUCGGAUUUAUGGCAGGCACUGAAAUUGAAAAGGAUGGAAACCUGAAUGCAGGCCUUCUCGAUCAAAAGUUUGCCCUGCAGUGGGUUCAAGACAACAUCCACCUGUUUGGAGGUUCCAAAGAGCGCGUCACCCUAAUGGGAGAGUCUGCAGGCGGCGGCUCAGUCCUCCUCCACAUGACUGCGAACCAUGGCAAGGGCUCUGGUCUGUUUUCUCAAGCUAUCCCGCAAAGCCCAGCCACCAUCCCCACGAUGCAGGUGGUAAAAGACGGCUAUAGCCAGUUUCUGUCGUAUCUCAACGUCACCAGCUUGGAAGAAGCCCGAGCUGCUGACACGAUAGCCGUCAUUGCUGCCAAUGCUGCGCAGAUUGGAGCCGCGGCAACCACGACUUAUAUCUUUGGCCCUGUGAUUGACGGCAAAUACAUUACAGAUUCCCCUGCCAAACUGAUUAAAGAUGGGAACUUUGACAAAUCUGUAAAGGUAUUGGCUGGCCAUAAUAUGUUUGAAGGCGCGUUCUUCUUCGAUCCUAAUGUAACCACCAAUGACGAGUUUAGCACCUGGAUCAGUCGAUCAUUUGCCGGCCUUACGAACAAGGAUAUCACUCAUCUAGCCACCUCGCUGUAUCCCCCGCAGUUUGACGGAUCUCUGGGAUACGUCGACAUGGAUACUCGGCAAAUGAAGCUCUGGAGCGAAGCUGUCAUUGACUGCAACUAUUAUUGGGUUGGGCAAGGCGUCCGUGACAAGGGAUAUGCUUACGAAUUCGGCAUCUCUCCAGGAUUCCAUAUCCAGGACCUCAAGUACACCUUUAACGACCCCACGUCUCCGGCGCCGUGGCCCAAGGCCCAGGACGCUCUGCAAGAAGCCAUUGUUACUUUUGUGCAGGGGGGAGUCCCUGAAUUCACUAACCAUGAGGCUUUCCCGCAUCUUGGUUCGCACGGAACCAUUGUGAACAUAACGUCUCAAGGGGCCGUUGAAACGACCAGGAAGGUGAAUGCCACGAGGUGUGACUGGUGGGCUAAACUCUCUCAGUGAUUGAGAUCUGAGAUCUGAGAGACAAGAGGAUUCAAGUUAAUUUAGGAAGGAUU